AUGAUUGAUACAGUCAUACUUUGUGGUGGAGAUUCUCUAUCAGAUUGCGAUCAUGCUCCAUUAGAAGAUCCGAAAAAUCAACAUGUUGCCGAAGCCUAUUGGCAAUGGAUUGAAGAACAAAUUCGUCAAUCGACAGCUCCAUAUUUGCUUGCCAAUGGUCAUUAUUCAGUAUAUUCAAUAGCUGAACAUGGUCCAAUUGAAUGCUUGAUUGAUCGACUUCGUCCAUUACUUCAUCAAUAUCAUGCAACAGCAUAUAUCUGUGGACAUGAUCACAAUCUGAAACCAAUUCUUGUCACCAUUGCUGAUCUUCCACAACCCUACGCUACAUCGUCCGCUUCUAAGGGGCCUCGAAUCACUCCUGUACCAGCAGAUCCUCUCAUCUAUGUUCCAGAUGGAUUUACAGUAAAUUUAUAUAUGAGUGGGCUCAUAUCGCCACGUUAUCUUAUCUAUACACCUACAAAUGAUAUCCUUGUUAGUGAAUCAAGUAUUAAUCGAAUUUCAUGUCUCGUAGAUAAUGAUCAAGAUGGUUAUCCAGAUCAACGUUUAACAUUUGCUGACGCAUCUAAUGGACUCAAUUAUCCAUUUGGUAUGGUUUUUGCCAAUGGAUAUUUUUAUGUUGGUAGUCGAGAUGCUAUUCGACGCUAUUCUUGGACUUCUGGAAGUCGACAAAUUACAGGUACGGGUGAAAUAAUAAUGAAUUAUGCUGAAAAUGGUCAUUCAACACGAACUAUCGUUAUAUCACCUAAUGAUUAUAGAAUGUUUGUUAGUAUUGGUUCAGCGUCCAAUGUCGAUGUCGAAUUAUUACCACGAGCUUCUGUUCAACAAGCAAAUCUCGACGGUAGUAAUCAAACAACAUUUGCUUAUGGUCUUCGAAAUGCUGUCGGCUUAGCCUUUCAUCCAAUUACCAAUGAUCUCUAUGCAACAUGUCAAGAACGAGACGGACUUGGUGAUGAUCUCGUUCCUGAUUAUUUUACACGUAUUCAACAGAAUGAUUUUUAUGGAUGGCCUUUUGCUUAUAUGAGUGCAAAUUUAACUGAUCCAAGGCGACGUCUAAAUAAUGGAACAAGUGAACGACCUGAUCUAGUGUCAAUUACACGAACACCUGAUGUUCUUUUUCAAGCUCAUUCAGCUGUACUUGACAUGCGAUUUUAUACAGGCAAUCAAUUUCCAAGUCGAUAUAGAAAUGGUGUUUUUACAGCAUUUCAUGGUUCAUGGAAUAGAAAUAAUGGAACUGGUUAUAAAAUUAUCUUCAUUCCAUUCAAUAAUAAUACUAAUCGACCAAUGGGUUACUAUGAAGAUUUUGUUAAUGGAUUUCUAAUUAAUCCACCUGGACCUGAUACAUUUGGAAGGCCAGUUGGAAUACUUGUUUUGAAAGAUGGUAGUCUUUUAUUUUCCGAAGAUGGCAAUAACCGUCUUUAUCAAAUCCAGUACAAACAGAGCUUCACUAAUACUAAUAACAUCAGUUCCAUUAUUAGCAGUACUGUUGCCACCAUUAAUACAGUCACCGAUAUCAUAACUAUUCAUUUUCAAAACUCUGCCGUUACACCUCCGCUUUCACUCUUCGUAUAUACUUUUUGUUUCUAUCUUUUCUUUUCCCAACAUAAUUAA